UCCGGCUCGGCUCCAUCUUGGGCCGCUACGCUGGGCACCUGUGGCGGCUGCAGGAGCAGCGCUUCCGCCGGUCUGCGCGGCCCGGGGCGGGCGAGAGGGUGAGAGGUCAGCUUCGUGCUUGCCCGUGAAGGCAGCCAUGAGAUCCAGCCGCCUGGAGCCAGGCGCCCGGGAGCCCGUCAGCCCACGCCUUCAGCCCCUGUCCCAGAGCUCCUCCAGCCUGCUGGGUGAAGGCCAGGGGCGGAGGCCAGAGCUCCGCAAGAGCGUCAGCAGCACUGUAUGGCCAGCCCAGCCGGGUGAGGCUAGCGCUGGGCCCCGGGCCCCAGAGGAGGAGAGGCCCCAGGCUGAGAGCAUGGAGCAGGCACCGGCCUCUAGCACCCGGCCACAGCCUGGGGCCGUGGCUCACUGGCGGAGCAGCACGGUGGGCAAUGUGUCUACCAUGGGUGGUGGUGACCUGUGUUGCCUACGAGACCCCAGCGCUGCCGCUGUGCAGAGGAGCCACUCGGACCUGGCCCGGAGCACCCAGACCCGGGGCCACAGCGGUGCUCGGAAGGCCAGCCUCAGCUGCUCAGCCCUGGGCAGCUCGCCUGUCCAUGGGGCUCAGCUGCAGCCUAGCGGUACUUCUGGCCAGGGCGGCCAGGCCCCUGCAGUCCUGGAAAGGGACCAGGCUGUGGAGGACGGGAUGUCAAACUCAGCCCAGACACUGGGGGAGAGUCAGGUGUGGGUGCCGCCACUAGACCUGGAAGGCACAGCGACCCGGAGCAGCAGCCCCAAAGCCACUGGGCAGCUGGCCACCACCUGCUGCCAUGCUCUGUCCCCAGCAGCUCUACUCUGUGGCAUGAGGGAGGUAGGGGCCAGCGGCUGCUGCCACGCCUUGCCUGCCCCAGGGAUCCUGACCUUUCCCAAGCUAGUGGCAUCAGUGAGUGAAUCUGGGCUGCAGGCUCAGCAUGGGGUGAAAUUCCAGUGUAGGUUGCCCGGGGGGCUUCCUGGGCAUUCCCACUGCUGUGCCCACCCUUGGGGUCCCACCGGGUUAGCCAUGGAACCUGGUGCCAGGACCAAGGAUGUGUGGACCAUGACCUCAGCCAGUGACUUGGCCCCCAUCUUGCUGUCCCCUCUGUCAGCCCAGGAUGCUGGCGUGCAAGUGGCCCCCCAGGCAGUCUGCAAGGCGGUGGCCACCAGCCCGCCUCUGGAAGCCCCUGUGGCCCUGCACACAUUCCCAGAGGUGACUGUGGGGUCCAGCCUAGAGGAGGCACCGUCCCCUGUGCGAGAUGUGCGGUGGGAUGCCGAGGGCAUGACAUGGGAGGUGUAUGGAGCUGCAGUGGACCCUGAGGUGCUUGGCGUGGCCAUCCAGAAGCACCUGGAGAUGCAGUUCGAGCAGCUGCAGCGGGCACCUGCCAGCGAGGACAGCCUGUCUGCCGAGGGCCGCAGGGGGCCACUUCGGGCCGUCAUGCAGUCCCUGCGGCACCCUAGCUGUUGUGGCUGCUCCAGUGCAGCCCCCGAGUGAGGAGCUGCAGCGCUGGGAGCUGCCCUGGGCCCAUGGACUCUGCCCCUGGGACAGUGGGGGUCCCUUGCUCUUUGGACCCACUGGCAGCCACGGACAUGUCUCUGCUGUCAGCUGCCUGCAGAUCACAGGACUGCAGCCUGGGGGCUUCCUGCCCCCUGCAGCUGGGCUGGUUUUUAAGGGCUUGAUUCCCAAGAGCCACAUCUGCACAUCCAAUGGGCUCUGAACUGUGGGACAGUUUCAGCACUGUGCACAAGAUUGAUCCUAACUUUUCUGUAAAAAUCCUUGACCUGUUCAGUCUCUGCUUAGAACUCUGCCAUAAUGAUUUCCCCUAGGUCUCUUGGUGGCUUUAUUUUUCACAGCAGUGCUGAGAUGUAGUGCAUUCCUGACAUGAGAGGUGGAGCCCUGAGUGUCAAGGGCUGCCUGGGUCUUUAGGGAAGGGGAUGGGCAUUGGCCAAGGCCUCCCGUGGGCUACACGCUGGUUCAUCCACCUUCCUUUGUGGAGUCUUCACCUCUUCCUCCGUUUUACAGAUGCAAUGACAGACAUCUGGCAGGGCUAUGCUGCCACACCCCAGGUUGGACAGUUGGGGUGGUGGGCUAAGAUCAGAACUAGGGCUGGCUGAAGCCUGGAGUGCUUUCCUAGAGCACGUAGCUGCCAUGAACAAGAACUUACUGAGCCCGUAUUCCGUGCCAGGUUCCAUGGAUUCCCUGGGGAAGGAGAUGGAGGCUGCCUGUGCCCUUGCUGAGCUCAGUGUGUGGGACGAGGGCUCUGAGCAUUACUCAGGGCCACAGGGGACUUCUAAGAGCCAGCCACUUUGUAGGUCACUGUGUC